AUGGUGGAGUUCAACCAGGGCAAGCGCAGGGCUGCGGAUACCUUGGCUGUGCGACAGAAGCGACGGAUCUACGAUAUCACCAAUGUGCUGGAAGGCAUCGGGCUGAUUGAGAAGAAAUCCAAGAACAGUAUCCAGUGGAAAGGCGUGGGUCCUGGCUGCAACACACGUGAAAUAGCUCACAAACUUAUCGAGCUGAAGGCAGACACAGAGGUCCUGGAGCAGCGGGAACAGGAGCUGGAGCAGCAGAAGAAAAAAAAGAGCAUCAAAAACGUUACAGAAGACGUGCAGAACAGUCGAUUAGCGUAUGUGACGCAUGAAGAUAUCUGCAAGUGCUUCACAGGAGACACCCUCCUUGCAAUCCGAGCCCCGUCAGGCACGCGUUUGGAGGUUCCCAUCCCUGAGGGCCUCAAUGGGCAGAAGAAAUACCAGAUCCACCUGAAGAGCACAAGUGGUCCCAUUGAUGUUCUCUUAGUAAACAAAGAUGCUUGGAGCUCUCCUCCCGUUGUGCUACCCGUCCCUCCCCCUGAAGACCUCAUCCAGUGCCAGGCAGCUGCACCCUCCAAACCACAGAUACCAGCACUCGCCCACUUGCAGGAGGCAUCCGUUCCUGGCAGUGCCCAGCCCUCCACACCGACACCUUCCAGCACUCAGGACCACAGCCCUCCGGCGCAGAAAGCCGCGGGCACAGAAUGCGGUGUCUCGGCAGCAGAGUCCAAGAGCAGCGGCGACUUUGAUAACCUCGGCAACGCGUCUGCACCUGCCCGCCCGCCGGGCGGGGUGCAGUCCUCUGCCUCGCUGGACAGCAGCUCCGUCCUGCCCAGUCCCUCUACCUCCUUUGAGCCGAUCAAGCCCGAUCCCACAGGAAUACUGGAACUUCCCAAAGAGCUGUCAGAGAUGUUUGAUCCAACGAGAGAAUGUAUGAACUCUGAGCUGCUGGAAGAACUGAUGUCAUCUGAAGUGUUUGCUCCCUUGCUCCGCCUCUCCCCUCCACCUGGAGAUCACGACUACAUCUAUAACCUGGAUGAGAGCGAAGGCGUCUGUGACCUCUUUGACGUGCCUGUCCUCAACCUGUGA